AUCAUUCACAAAACAAAAAAGAGGAAAAGAAAAAACCUUAAUCACUUCUAAUUAACUCUUUUCAUUAACAAUGGUCUUGUCCAAAAUCGCAUCACAGUCGGAUGUCUCGGUCCACUCGACUUUCGCCUCGCGUUACGUUCGCGAUUCCCUUCCCAGGUUUAAGAUCCCUGAUAAUUCAAUACCAAAGGAAGCGGCUUACCAGAUUAUAAACGACGAGCUUAUGCUCGACGGGAAUCCGAGGCUGAACUUGGCUUCAUUUGUGACUACGUGGAUGGAGCCAGAAUGUGACAAGCUCAUCAUGGACUCCAUUAACAAGAACUAUGUGGACAUGGAUGAGUACCCUGUUACCACUGAGUUGCAGAACCGUUGCGUCAACAUGAUCGCUCACCUCUUCAACGAUCCCCUCGGCGAAGAUGAGGCCGCAGUAGGCGUUGGCACAGUGGGCUCGUCGGAGGCCAUAAUGCUCGCGGGCCUCGCCUUCAAGAGGAAGUGGCAAAACAAGAUGAAGGCCUUAGGGAAGCCCUACGACAAGCCCAAUAUCGUAACUGGAGCCAAUGUUCAGGUCUGCUGGGAGAAGUUUGCCCGAUACUUUGAAGUCGAACUCAAGGAGGUGAAGCUCAGAGAUGGGUACUAUGUGAUGGACCCAGAGAAGGCAGUUGAGAUGGUGGACGAGAACACCAUAUGUGUGGCCGCCAUUCUCGGGUCCACACUCAACGGCGAGUUUGAGGACGUUAAGCGUCUCAACGACCUACUCGUCGAGAAGAACAACGAAACAGGGUGGGACACGCCGAUUCACGUGGACGCAGCUAGCGGUGGGUUCAUCGCGCCAUUUUUGUACCCGGAGUUGGAGUGGGACUUUAGGUUGCCGUUGGUGAAGAGUAUCAACGUGAGUGGACAUAAGUACGGUCUCGUGUACGCGGGUAUCGGGUGGGUCAUCUGGCGGAGCAAGGAGGAUUUGCCCGAAGAGCUCGUUUUCCACAUCAACUAUCUCGGAGCCGAUCAACCCACUUUCACCCUCAAUUUCUCCAAAGGCUCUAGCCAAGUCAUCGCGCAAUACUAUCAACUCAUUCGAUUAGGCCACGAGGGCUACCGGAACAUCAUGGAGAACUGUCAAGAAAACGCGAUGGUCCUAAAGGCGGGGCUUGAGAAGACCGGAAGGUUCGACAUAGUGUCCAAAGACCAUGGGGUCCCACUUGUGGCCUUUAGCCUAAAGGAUAACUCGCGCCACAACGAGUUUGAGAUAUCAGACAUGCUUCGGAGGUUCGGGUGGAUUGUGCCGGCUUACACCAUGCCUCCGGAUGCACAACACGUAACGGUAUUAAGGGUCGUAAUACGAGAAGAUUUCUCACGGACCCUUGCGGAGAGGCUCGUCAUGGACAUUGAGAAGGUGAUGAACGAGCUCGACUCCAUGCCGUCGAGGGUUCCACCGGUGGUCGUGAAGAAGUCGGGGAUAGAGGUGCAGAGGGAGGUCAUGGCGACUUGGAUCAAGUUCGUGGCCGAUAAGAAGAAGACUAAUGGGGUGUGCUAGAUUUUUGGGGGGGUUUUUGAGAAGGGUGAAUUUGGGUUUUAUAUUGUGAUUCAUGCAACUUUAUUGAUUUUUUUGUUUUUGAGAUAUGCUGGCUUGUUAUGGUUAAAUGAGAUUGGUUUAUGGGCUUAAUUUUGGAAUUGGAUGUUGUUGUUCCAAGGUUUCUGAUUUGACUGAUGCUGAGUUUGUUUCUGUAAUUGAUAUCAAGCUAAUGAUUUUGAGUUGGUAGGGAUUUAAUGGCAUGAAGCAAAGCGAAUCUUUUUGUUGUAGUGAAAAUAAGUAGUCACGUUGAACUUUCAAGCAUAGAGCGAUAGCUAGCCAAAUCAGGCAGCUCUGCGGACUUGGAAAUAUA